AUGGGUGGCUCCUUUCUUGAUUACAUGGUUUCGAGCUGCGGUUCGCCGUCUCUGAAGAAAUCCUACUGGGCAGAGAGGCAUCGAGCUGUUGGCUAUACACCUCCUCCAGCCCCCCGUACCAGAAUCACAAGCACUGAACAAAAGAUUGUGGUCAACCUUGGUGACUCCAAGUCCAACACGGACAGCGACACAAGCUCUGUUUCAAGCUCUUCCGAGGAAAUUGAAGUGACAGUGGUCAGGAAGUGUGUUCAGAAGAGACCUGUCAAAGAAGUGGUAACCGUUCCAAAGCAACAAAUCAUGGAGAGACCCACUCAGAAGGAACAAGCUGAAGAGAAGAAGACCAUGCAAAAUAGACCGAGUCAAGCAGAGAAAUAUGUUCAAUUUAACGGGGAACAUGUCGAUGGUCUGAAAUCCGCCAUGAAAAAGGGUACAGAGAAGGCACAACCUGGAACUAUCAAGGAUGAUGGCAAUGGCACGUUAAAUUGCAACUGUACCAUAUGUAGCGAUGCCAGAGCAAAGGGACGGAUGCCGGAACAUGUGCACUGUCGACAGGAAGCUUGCCUACAUCGUCCUACGCCUGAUGGAAGUAAGAACUCCGAUACCGUGAACCGAUGCCCCUGCGCUGCCUCAAAGAUCGACAGCACGUGCACGUCCAAGUCGAAUGGCAACUCUGGUGGAAACAAUAGCCAACGCUCGCAGAACCAGGGUAAGCAAGAGAAUCGUGACCAGAACUCUUCGAAGAAGGGAGGUCAGGCUACCAACCCCGGUCAGAACAAUCGAGUAAACAACAAUCAAGCCAACUCGAACCGUUCCUCGCAAACCCAACAAUCCGGCGCCCAAAACGGAAGUCAACAAAACCGAGGCAACAACACCCAAUCCAACACAAACUCCGUAACCCUGGAUCGAAAUCGAUUCGCCACCCACGAGCGCGGCGUCGAGAAGCUCUCCAAUUUCCAGAUCCACUGCAUUAGAAACAACCUGUACAACUACCACAACUUUGAAGGUAUGGGUCGAACUCUUCAACCUUCUCGGGCUUCCGUCAUGCUCAGGGAAGAUGUCGUUGAAUGUCCAUCUGAUCCGCGUCCAAACGCGUUCGUCGACAUGAACACCGGCGUCGUUCGCGUCUACCACGGUCCAGUCUAUGGCAAUCCUUAUUCCUCCCUUGCUCCUACGCAACCAUUGCCGGUUGGUUCCAUGGCUGCGCAGGCCUUCAGCAGCGGUGGCCCUCCACCAUUCUUCGCUGGUCCUCCCGCCUUGAAUAACCGUAUGUAUGGCGGACUAGCUCCUAUGCCAGGCUCCCAACAACCUUGGGGACCUCCACCCGGUGCUCAAGCCCAGGGCAACCAAGGUCAAGGUAACAGCAGCUGGCCAGGACCCACCCAAAACGGCUUUCAAGGACAAAAUGGCUGGCGAGCUCAGAAUCAAGGACAAAACAACUGGCAAGGUCAAAACCAGAACAAUUCGAAUGAUCAGAACAACUGGCAAGGUCAAAACCAGAAUAACUCGAAUGGUCCGAACAACUGGCAAGGUCAAACCCAGGAUAACUCGAAUGGUCAGAACAACUGGAACCAGAACAACUCCCCAGGUUCAAACCGUCAAAAUUCUCGCAACUCCCCCAACCCAAGUCAGAACAACGCUCAAAGCCAAAGCCGACAGAACUCUCCCGCACAGAGCAUUAAGUCUCCAGCUCAGAACCAUAACUCUCCCGUUCAGAGCAACUCUGGCAAGGCCCGAGCUUCCCCCAAUCCGAGCAACAACGCUGGAUCUCCGAACAACAAUGCCAAUGGAUGGGUCACCGUCACACCUGAGCAAGCUGAUAAUAUGGCUACUGGACAAAUGCCAGGAGGUUGGGGCAACGAUAAUCAGAAUGGUGGAGAUAGUUGGGGCGCUGCACAGGAUACCUCAAACGGCACCGGAGGAGGAUGGAAUGAUAACAACGACAACCAAGCCGCGGGUCAAGACACGGUCAACGCUGGCGACAGUUGGGGCAACAAUGAUACUUCCAACGCAGGAAAUUCAGGUCAGGACAACGGCAACUCUGGCUGGAACAACGGAGAAUCGGCCAACUCAAACAACAACAGUUGGAAUGCUGAUUCUGGCAACACUCAAGGCAACUCAGGCAAUGAUACCUGGGGAGGAGAUUCCGGCAAUGCCCAAGGCAAUUCUGGUAACAAUGACUCCUGGGGUGAGAACACCGGCAACAACCAAGGCAGUUCGGGCAACGAGAGCUCCUGGAACAAUACCGGUGGAAAUACCUGGGAUGCCAAGACCGAGAACAAGAAUCCGAAUGGCGGUAACAAGGGCGGCAACGGCGAUGGUGGUUGGGGUUCUGGCAAUAAUAAGGGAGGCAACGGAGGUGCAGGCCGGGGUUCCGGAAACAACAAUGGUGGAGGCAAUGGCGGCAAUGGCGGAGGUAACAGCAACUCAUAUCAGAAUUGGGCAACUGAGACUGGUAUGUCUGGCGGUUCCUGGGCUGCUGAGGGCGGUUAUGGUCCGACUCCUAACGGCGGCGCCAAGAAAGCCAACAAUGGUUGGUAAAUUGGUGGACGAACAGCAUCUCAUUUCGGAACUGGGCGAUUUGAUACGAGCACUUCUAACGGAUCCUAAGCUGAAGGUUGAUUUACUUCGACUAUCGACAUUGGAG